AUGGGAUGCUCGAGGUCGACGAAAGUUUAUCCCAAUGAACAUUGUUCUAGAAACAUUAGCCUUGACGAAGUUUCUGUCGCUUCUGCGGAAGGCCACGGACAAAUUUACGCCACAAAUCCCCACUGUACCAAGCAUGAAUUGUACUUGAAGUUUGGCGGUCAUAAUGAGCCAGGCCUGUUUACCAUGAGUAAUCCGAAAGAACAUGUACAACACAAAAGAAUGUUUGCCAGAGCAUUCAGCAAGUCUCAACUUAGAACACAGUGGGAAGACGUCAUCACCGCGAUUACUUCGAAGGCAAUCCAAAAGAUAGUCGAGGAAUUGCAGCAGAAUGGCAAGGUUGAUGUACUUAAGUGGUUCACCUUCAUGUCGUCGGACGUCUCUGGCGAAUUGAAGUUUGGAGAAUCUUGGGAUUUGCUCGGUAAAGGAAGACAGAACGAUCUUGUACGAUCAAUUGGAAUUUUCAUGCAGAUAUCAGGUUUGACCGCCGAGCUUCCGCUCCUCAAACCUUUGGGUCGACUGGUACCACUUCCAUGGUUUCGAACGGCGUUCCGAGGAUGGGACUUUGUCAUUGACUACGCAUCGAGGGCUGUAGACAAUAGCAAGAAGCUCACACAGUUAGGAGAGCGAAACAUAUUCGGAACAAUCCUUGCCAAUGCAGAGAAGGGAGAGGUGUUGACCGAGUUCGACAUUAAGAAUGAGGCGGGGAAUUUUACAGUGGCGGGUACCGAUACGACUGUAGUGACAUUGGCCUAUUGUGUGUUUGCCGUGCUGACUCAUCCGAGAGUCCAGACAGAGAUCGAAGCCGAGGUUGCUGCUUUGCCCGAGGAGUUUAGUGACGCGGAUGUCGAAAAAUUACGAUGGCUUAAUGCUGCCCUUGCCGAAACAAAUCGAUUGUUCGGUGCAGCACAAGGGGGGUUCCCGCGACGAACUCCUGCUUGUGGCUUGAUCAUCGAUGGUUACGACUUACCUGGAAAUACAACCGUCAGCGUCCAGGGGUACACAAUGCACCGAAAGAGGGAAUUAUUUCCGAAUGCCUUGGAAUGGUUCCCUGAAUCGAAUAUGUCAGCUGAAACAAAGGCUGUCAUAUCGCCGUUCGGGGCUGGAUCUCGCAUCUGUAUCGGUAUUCACGUAGCUUACAUUGAAAUGAGACUGGCUGCGGCUCGUUUCUUUCGAGAAUGCCCCGGAGCUAGGCUGGCGCAGGAAAUCACAACUGACUCGAUGGCUUUCGUUAAUUACUUCGCGACAUUUCCAAAAUCUGGCAGGUGCGUUAUCGGGAAGAUGUUUGCCUGA